UAUCUAUCUAUAUAUACUGCUAGUCGCCAACAAUUAGCAUUACAAUGUAUCACCAAAAAUCAAUUGUUCGUACCUUAAAUAUGAUGGGCCCCCUCCAAGAACAUACGCAGACGAUAAUUCGCGACAAUAAUUAUGAAAAUGGCUAUUGUUGAUAAUGAUGAACGAUUUGAAUGUAAUAUAAUAUUACAUUAGGUGUAGCAUAUAUUUCGGACAUUGUUUUUCGGAUAAAUUGUGGUAAACAUGCCUGGAACGUUGAAAGUGAAAAUCGUGGCUGCUCGAGAUUUACCCGUUAUGGACAGAUCCACUGACCUCACUGAUGCCUUUGUUGAAAUAAAAAUGGGCACAGAGCUACAGAAGACUGAAGUGUUCAAGCGCUCACUGUACCCCCAGUGGAACUCUGACUGGUUUAAGUUUGAGGUGGAAGAUGAGGUGCUGCAGGAUGAACCCCUCGAACUCCGUGUGCUGGACCAUGACACGUACAGUGCACAUGACGCCAUUGGAAAGGUGUACAUUGACCUGAACCCCCUCCUGGUGAAGGAGAGCCCCUCGGUCAUAUCUGGCUGGUUUCCUGUGUAUGACACCAUGCAUGGUAUUCGUGGCGACCUCAACGUGAUUGUGAAGAUAGAUUUGUUCUCAGACUUCAACAAGUUCCGACAGUCUUCAUGUGGGAUACAGUUCUUCUGUACUGCGGAGGUUCCUGCUGGCUACAGACUGCAGUAUGUACAUGGGUUUGUGGAGGAGCUGGUAGUCAAUGAUGAUCCUGAGUACCAGUGGAUUGACAAGAUUCGCACACCGCGAUCAUCAAAUGAGGCCAGACAAAGGCUGUUCUCCAAGAUGUCAGGUCAGCUUACGAGAAAGAUUGGGUUGAAGGUCCUGGAGAUGGGUGGAGGGGCUGUCAUUGGAUUUAAGCAGUGUUUUGACUUGGAGGGAGAAUCUGGUAUUGUGAUCCGUGGCAUAGGCACUGCUGUUACCCUGGCUAAGGCCCGAGACCCCCCGGUGUCCCCCCUGGGAAUGUCGCCCCUGAAGGACUCGCAGCGUCCUCUGUUGCCUGCUCUCCACAUCAGCAUGCCAAUAGUGAUGAGCACAAACUCCAACCCACUCCAAGCUCGGCGCUCACUAAAUGCCCCUCACCUCCCCAUAACCCCGCCCCAUCACACCUCUAACUUGGCCUUUGAGCAUCACCACUCAUUCCAAUUGGAGCACACGCAUUCUGCCUGCCUCCCCCGCCAAUCAUCAUCUGGCCACACACCUCCACAGACCGCCCCACCUCACAUUGGGAUUGGCCCGCCUUCCUCGGCAUCACAUUUUGCAUUUGAUUUUGCUUACAGUUCACCAGUCCCUGAGGAGAGCAAUGCCCCUUCCUCCCCUCAAAGUAAAAAUGAGCUUAGCUCUACUAGCCCCAUGAAAAUGAACGGUACAGGCACUAGGCACUCUUCUGGAUCUGAUGCUAGUACGCCACCAAAAGGCAACUUCCUGGACUGUAGCAGUGGCAGUGGCAGUGGGAAAAACUUCCCAAAAAUUUGCUCUCAACAGAUCAACAUAGAGCUCAUGGAGUUUCCAUUGUUUACCAUGACAUCUUUUCCACCUGGUUUCAUUCUUCAUCUCGGAGGGGUGGUGGCAGCUCGCAGUGUUAAACUGCUCGACAAGAUCCAUAACCCUGAGGAGCCAGAGACUCGAGAUGCCUGGUGGAAUGAAAUCAGGACGGAGAUCCGCUCCCACACCAGGGCCAUGGGCUGCCAUGCUGUCAUUGGUUACAGUGAGGAGACAUCAAUAUGUGAUGACAUCAUCCUGCUGUCAGCGAUGGGAACUGCUGCCAAAGUUAAUCUGAAUCUGGACCAGUAUCAGUCGACUAGACUGGCUCCACCACAGGUAGUGAACACAGGGGACCGCAGUAAUAUGUCUGCAGAACGGGACCAGUCUAAAAAACUAUAUGUGGAUGUAAACCUGGCUAAUCAAGUGUCUCAUAGACUGGGGUUGGACGAGAGCAGCCCCCGGUACAACUGCGCCCUAUGUCACAUCCCAUACAAGCCGAGCUCCUCCCCCUUCCCCAUCAACCUGACACAGUGUGCCUGCUGCAGACGUCGCUACGUUCCUGACCUGUUGUUCACGACCAUCAACCGUCCCCCAGAGAUCCACACCGUAGGCCACGGGGCCUUUAUACAGGCUAGAGUGUGUCGUCCAAAAGGAGAUGGCAAAACAGAAGUGAAUGCCAAAGAAAUAAGUGAUAUUCUGCCUUUCAUGGAAUACGAACUUCACAACCAGCUUGUGGUAAAACUAAAGAUCCGCAGUAUGAACUGCCUGUUUGGAUUGAAGAUGCAGUUUGUAGUGGGGGAAAGCAUGCUGAUUGGAAUUGCUACCGGCACAGGGGUGUUCCUAUCACCGCUGCCAGCGCCACCUGUGCCCCGCCUUGUGGGUCAGGUGACCUCAGAGGAGGAGAAUGUGGAAUUGCAGGAACUCCAGUUGCAGAUACAGGAGAAACUGCAGCGACACAAGGAUCUGUACAACCUCAACUCAGUGAAGACUCUUGGUAGAAAAUUCUCCAGACAGGAAAUCUCCAACCAGAACCUGACAUCUGGUGUUCAGACAGACGAUAGCGAUGACGACACAUCUGAUCUUGACCUUUCGGCUGGCAACAAGGACACUUUCAUUCUUGAGGUGGACGACACCAAGGACAACUCUGUCAAGGCCAUGCUGUCGGAUGUUCUCCAGCCCCCCGGAAUGUACGUAUGUAACACAGACACCUACCCUGGACUCACCAGCCAGAAUCUUGCUUCAAACUUGCAGAUGUUCACUCAAGUAUUUCGGAGGACUGUUGAUAACCUCCAAGGCCUUAACAAGGACUUCUCUGAAUUCUUUGACAGUGUCUUCAGGCGACUGUUCUUCAAACUUCGCCGCAUGAUCCCGUGUUGCCUGUGUAACGUGAGUUUUGCAGUGGGUGCCCCUGAAGAGAAUCAGAUUGAGAUUGUAGUGACAGGAAUCUGUGUACGUGUUGACGACAGCACGUCCCAGAAUAACUCACUCACAGACAAUCCUAUGCCCAUGCAUGGUCUUGAGACUCCAAUGACAGGGGCUUCCAGUAAAUCACUGCUGAAACCUGUAAGCAAUGUGGUUGGGGCCAGUGGGGAGAAUGUGGAUGAGAUGAUGUUUCCCAUGGAGGAGGUCACAGAGGGGUCAGGGGCCAGUGCUAAUAAAGCUGCAAGAUUAAAGGUAGUCAGUAACAGCAGGAAUACUAGUCAGGUGUUCAGUCGAACAUUUCAUGGCAUAGAAGUGACACCCCUUGCUUAUGUGCCUGGAGCGAGGAUCGAACGCUACAUCGGCAGUUACAACUUCUUCUUCAUAAGAGAAACUUCCUCUGUGAAAGAGGUGGGUGGAGUAUGUGGUUUCAUGCAGAAGUUCAUCACAGAAGUACUUGCCAUUGUUCGAGCCCAUGUGUCGUCCCUGGGUGGAAAUGCUCUAGUGGCAUACAACAUGACACAGUGUGUUCUGCUCAGCAAUGAACAUAAAAACCAGAGUCAGUGUUUGAUUAAUGUUUGUGGGGAUGCGGUGUUUGCCAGUCGUGAAGGGGAGAUAACUGCGGUAGUUCCUGAUCUCAUUCACAGCAGAAAACCCAGCGACUCGCCAAGCUUUGCGACAUGAGAGGCUCGGCGUCAUAACGCUUUGACACGUCUUUUAAAAUAGUAUUACUUGUGACUCAGUAGUGUGCAAUUCACAAUAAACCUUAGUUGUUAAUAAUCAAUAAAUGUAAUUAAUUUAUGGCCUAUUUAGUUAAGAGAUUCGUAGUUUGGGAGGAAGUUUUUGUUUUAAGUUGUUCUUGAACUGUAAAGAUGUGAUAAGGAAUGGAUUUUAAGCAAUUCUGUGGUAGAAUUGAAAUGUUGCUUACGUUGUUAUGAUGAAAAGUAUCUUGAGAAGACUUACCUGGUGGGAAUCAAAACCUACUACAUUGAACGUGGAGAUAACUGUAUGAAACUAGUACUGGUAAUGCAAAUUGUCAAUUAACAUGGGACUGUGCUUUGGAUUGUUCAAACUUGGAAAACACACUUUAUACCUGUGUUUUUGACCUGUCAUUACUGUCAAUUAAUAUUGUAUUGUAUAUGUUAAGUACCAAAACUUAACAAAUCAAUCAUGCUUUUUUGCUUUGGAAACCAGCCUCCAGAAUAUUAACAUGUUCCAGCCAUUGAUAGUUUACAUCUUCAUUGCUGCUUUAGUGCCCACUUUGUUUAACUCUUUCAGUGCUGGAACCGAAUUUUAAAGGUUUUGCAAACAAUUUGGAACCUGAUCAGGAUCCAAACUGUUUAAUAUUCUGAUAGUAUUCUUUGAAAAAAAUAGAAGAAAAUGCUAAUUUUAGAAAUUCAGCAGACAACAUUUUAGCAGACGACAAAUUUCCCAGCAUGCAAAGGGUUAACAUACUGUGUUCAUGUAUCUGUGGUUGUUCUCGAGACAUAUAUUAACCUAUGUGAGCCGGUAUCUGGGAUAACAGGGCUGACAAUAUGAGUCGUGUUCUGAGAAAACUGGGCAUAAUGCAUGUGCGUAGUGUCGUCCCAGAUUAGCCUGUGCAGUCCACACAGGCUAAUCUGAAUCAGGGAUAACAAUUUCCGCUUUUAUGACAUUUUUCGUUUAAAUGAAGUCUCUACGUAGCAAAAAUCCAAUUUAGGUGGAAAGUGUCGUCCCUGAUCAGACUGCAGAGGCAUAUCUGGGACGACACUGAAUGCACAUGCAUUAUGCCCAGUUUUUUUCAGAACACGAAUCAUAUCCACCUAGACUAAAUUUUCAUUUAAAAAGGACUUACUUCAAACAGAACAAUCAAUACAAGCUGGGUUAUUGUCCCUAGCCUGUAAGGACUGCGCAUGCUAUCUUGGACAAUAUUUUAUGCACAUGCAAAAAGCUAGGUUUUUCCACAGCUUCAUAUUUUAAUACUGUAGGUUUUUCGUGCCCGGGUACUUUUCAUCACUAGAAGAGGACAUUAAGGAUUAUGAGUGAAAUUUGUUCGGCUCAAUGUUAUCGGAAAUAUCUUUCUUUUUUUUAAUUAUCAUUCUUAAAAAUUUCAAGUCUGAACUAGAAUCUAAAUAUUCUAGUUCUUUUACUCAUUGGUAACAAUAUUUUUUAUACUGCAUGUAAUUGAUUUGAUAUAAUUAUUUAAGUAUGACAUUUAUUUCCUGUGUUUUUUUUUCAGAACACGUUUUGAUGUUUUUAGCUCACCUGAACACAAGGUGCUCAUGAUGAGCUUUUGUGAUCACCUUUUGUCCGUCGUCCGUUGUCCGUCCUGCGUUGUGGGAUGUCAACAUUUGCCUUGUUCACUCUCUAGAGGCCACAUUUAUUUCCAAUCUUCAUGCAAUUUGGUCAGAAGAUUGGUUUCAAUGAUAUCUUGGAUGAGUUCAUAAAUGGUUAUGUUUGAUUGAAAAACAUGGCUGCCAAAGGGCGGGGCAUUUUCCUUAUAUGGCUAUAGCAAAAUCUUGUUAACACCCUAGAGGCCACAUUUAUUGUCCGAUCCUCAUGAAACUUGGUUAGAAGAUAUCUUGGACGAGUUCAAAAAUGAUGUCGGUUGGUUGAAAAACAUGGCGGCCAGGGGACGGGGCAUUUUUCCUUAUAUGGCUUUAGUAAAACCUUGUUAACACUCUAGAGGCCACAUUUAUUUUCCGAUCUUCAUGAAACUUGCUCAGAAGAUUUGUCCCACUGAUAUCUUGGAUGAGUUCAAAAAUGGUAACCUUUGCUUGAAAAACAUGACUGCCAAGGGGCGGGGCAUUUUUUGUUAUAUGGCUAUAUAUAUAAUUAUGGCUAUAGUAAAAUCUUGUUAACUUUCUAGUUUGCUCAAUCUUCGUGUAAUUUGGUCAGAACAUUUGUUUCCUGUGUAGUAAAGUUUGGUUUUAUUAUGUCAAUAUUAUGUGACAUCAACUGUAUUAUGUAAUUUUUCAUAACACAGAAUUUUCAUUGUUAACAUAACUGUUUUAGUCAUAAACACUUAUGAUAAGCCUUUCAACUAAGAGAUAACUGAAAGAAAGACAACAUGUACAUGAUUUUGCAGUAUUUAUGCAGUAUUUAUCUCCCUUGUUUAACCUGGUUCAGUAAUCUAUUUUGAUGUCCAUCAGUAUAUACUGGGGGGACAUAUUGUUUUGCCCUGUCUGUUGGUUGGUUGGUUGGUCUGUUGGUCUGUUGGUUGGUUUGCGCCAACUUUAACAUUUGCAAUAACUUUUGCUAUAUUGAUUUAAACACCUCUUGAUGCUUUCUUGAACAGUUAACAGCUCAUGAAAAAGGUUGGAAUUUUGAAAUAAUUAAACUCUAAAUUAUUUUUAACGCCAGCAUUAUUUUCUAAAUUAUUCUUAUUAUUUAAAGACUACAUAAAGGCUUCAUGAUCGUUGUCAACUGGGUCAUGCGAGUUGUGUAUCGUGUUAUUUCUUAAAAGUUGACCCAGCAUUUGUAAAAAUAUUGCAAGACAUAUACAUUUUCAGAAAGGAAAUUCAUUUCUGCGUUGAAUAAGACCGAGAUCGUGAAAAUCGCUGCACAAUUGAUGAAGAUAUGGCUGUUCAAAGCGAUGCACCCCGUUUUGGGGUGAUUUUGAGUUGCAUACCUUGUUAUAUAUAUAUUUGAUAGUGAUUUUUUUUUCCAUAAAAUGUAAUUUUUCAAUAUGAUUAUUUAUCAUUCAAAAUGAUGUUUUUACUAAUUAAUAUCAUAGCCACACGCUAACCACCUGUGAUGUGCAUAUUAUCAGCGGUUCUGGUCGGAUGAUUUUUCACAGAGUUAUGGCCCUUUGAAAUUUUCCAUUAACUGUACAUAUAGUGCAAUUCUUGUCCCCCAACUACUAGACGUUUCCUUUUAUCUGAAUAUAUAGAGCAAUAUUGUGACAAAAAAACUUUGAGGAGCAUCACCCGUCUCCGACGGUUUCUUGUUGUAUGUGUGAUAGGAUUUUGACAAAAUUUAGAUAUAAACGAUUGGCCAAAACCAGUGUUUACGUGGGAAUCACAUACGUAUAUCAUUUGGAAUUGUUAAGAUUGUUAAACAAGAUAUCUAUUUCACACAUGCUAUUCGUGAUAAUAUAUUGUUUACAGUUGUCUACAAGGGUGGAAGUGAACUUAUAACAAAUUCGGAGAUGCUUUGUUUAUUAGAAAAGAAAUGUCAAUAUAAAGUUGUGUCAAAAAACGUAAUACAUGUAUAUAAUUGUU